AGUGUUGACAAUAGGGUGAAAAGAAACAGCCCCGAACCACGAACGACCCGAGGAAAACACCGAAACCCAGGGGCCCGGGCCACACGAGCAGCUCCAGCACUCACAGGAAUGUAAUUGCGUUUGUCUAAUCGUUUUAUAUUUUGCUAUUAAUGGGAGUUUGAGGAUCUCUCCGUUGGAAGGAAAAGGCACUCGUGGGUUUGGCUGUUUCAGGCCGAGAUUUUGCUGCUGCUCCGCCGCUGCUUGGGAAAGGCUGUCCGCACCGAGCUGGAGGUAGCCUAACACUUAGCCUCGUAGCUUUCCGAACGUAGGAUAAACUCCUCGCCGCCGUCUCCGUUGCGAACCGCAGAGGAUCAAGGUAAAGUACUGUGAUCUUGGAGCUGCAGCUUGUCGGGCUCGGGUCGGGAUCGGGACGGUGUGUGUCUCCCAGCCCAGCCGCUCUGUCAGUCUGAGAGCGCUAGCUAACGGUAGCAGCAUUAGCACUGCCCCUGUAUUUACAUCUGGGAUGAUGGGUGAUCGCCCGAGCCCACCCAGCAGGGCUAUGUCCUCGGCAGCCACCACGUCUCCAUCUGUGGACAAAGUGGACGGAUUUUCACGGAAGUCUGUCAGGAAGGCCAAGCAGAAGCGGUCGCAGAGCUCGUCCCAGUUCCGCUCUCAGGGCAAACCCAUCGAGCUCACGCCCCUACCGCUGCUCAAGGACGUGCCGGCGCCGGAGCAGCCGGAGCUGUUCCUGAAGAAGCUGCAGCAGUGCUGUACUGUCUUUGACUUCAUGGACACGCUGUCGGACCUCAAGAUGAAGGAGUACAAGCGCUCCACGCUCAACGAGCUGGUGGACUACGUGACGGUCAGCCGGGGAUACCUGACGGAGCAGGCCUACCCCGAGGUGGUCAAAAUGGUGUCUCACAACAUAUUCCGGACCCUUCCGCCCAGCGACAGUAACGAGUUUGACCCUGAGGAGGAUGAGCCAACGCUCGAGGCCUCCUGGCCACACUUACAGUUGGUAUACGAGUUCUUCAUUCGGUUCUUGGAGAGUCAGGAAUUCCAGCCCAGCAUUGCCAAAAAGUACAUAGACCAGAAGUUUGUCCUACAGCUCUUGGAGUUGUUCGACAGCGAGGAUCCUCGGGAGAGAGACUAUCUGAAGACAGUCUUGCAUAGAAUCUACGGCAAAUUCCUGGGGCUGAGGGCUUUUAUACGAAAACAGAUCAAUAAUAUUUUUCUACGUUUUGUUUAUGAGACGGAGCACUUCAACGGGGUGGCUGAGUUGCUGGAGAUCCUGGGGAGUAUAAUCAAUGGUUUCGCUCUGCCUCUGAAAGCGGAGCAUAAACAGUUUCUGGUCAAAGUGUUGAUCCCCCUCCACACCGUCAGGAGUCUGUCCCUCUUCCAUGCACAGUUGGCGUAUUGCAUUGUACAGUUCCUAGAGAAAGACCCAACAUUAACAGAACCAGUCAUCAGAGGCUUACUGAAGUUCUGGCCAAAAACCUGCAGUCAAAAAGAGGUGAUGUUUCUAGGAGAGCUGGAGGAGAUCCUGGACGUCAUCGAACCCACACAGUUCGUCAAGAUCCAGGAGCCGCUGUUCAAACAGAUCUCCAGAUGCGUCUCCAGCCCACACUUCCAGGUGGCAGAACGAGCUCUGUACUACUGGAACAACGAGUACAUCAUGAGUCUGAUCGAGGAGAACUCCAGCGUCAUCCUGCCCAUCAUGUUCGCCAGCCUCUACAGGAUCUCCAAAGAGCACUGGAACCCGGCCAUCGUGGCGCUGGUCUACAACGUCCUGAAGGCCUUCAUGGAGAUGAACAGUACCUUAUUCGACGAACUCACAGCCACUUACAAGUCGGACCGCCAGCGCGAGAAGAAGAAGGAGAAGGAGCGGGAGGAGCUGUGGAAGAAGCUGGAGGACCUGGAGCUGAAGCGGGGCCUUAGGAGCGACGGCAUCAUCCCCACUUAACGACGACGUUGCCGGCUCCCCUCCGCCUCCCCCCUCCCCCCCCCCCCAUCGACUCCCCUCCACCUCCUCCUCCCCCACGUCGGCCAUGUCCGCUCCCGACUCGGAGCGCCGCCGCCGGGUCGACUCGCGGCGCCGCCGGUUUCUUAAUUGUUCUUUUUUUUUUUCUUAUGUUUUUUUCUUCUCCUGUGUUUGUGCGACUUACUUUACAGUAGAUUCAUCACGUCUGUUCUCAUUAUUUCAGCAGCACUGUAAAUAAUUAUUAUUUUCUUUUGUUUUUCUUUUUUUUUUCUUUUUUUUUUCCCUUAAACUGAUAUUAUUGCAAAC